AUGGCGGAGGUUGCAAUUGGAGGAAUCUUAACUGGAUGUAUUGGUUGUACGGUUAUUGUUGAAGUUCUUGCAAAACGUAAUCCGGAAUGUAUGAACUUGAUGACUUGCUCAACAUUCAUUUUCGUAUCGCUCAUUGGCCUCUUAAAACAGUCGCAUUAUUUCAUGCAGAUACCUCGGAGCAAAGUACCGUUGUUACGAGGUUAUGCACGUAUUGUUCUUGUAUUCUUUGUGGUGAGUGUUUCGAACAACUUCGCAUUACGUUAUGGUGUUUCUAUACCACUUUUCAUCAUAUUUCGUUCGGGAACACUACUGGCAAAUGUGUUGCUGAAUUUUUGCUUGAGGAAUAGAAUUUAUUCGUGGGGGAAGCUAUUGUCUGUAAUGUUCAUUAGUGUUGGUAUUAUCCUUUUCACAUUGGCCGACCAAUUUUCGAAACAUCCCACAGUAGAAAAGAAUGAGAAAAGUGUAGAGCCAUUCUCUAUUUCGCAUUCUAGUCCAGGAAUAUUUUUGCUGCUGCUUGCAGCGCUCUUGUCGGCUUAUCUAGACAUAUGCCAAGAAGAUCUAUGUUGUACAUAUGGAAAUCAUUCACAAGAAGCGGUGUUUUUUAUUCAUAUCCUCUCGUUACCUGGUUUUUUUUUCUUUUACAAUGAUAUUCGACAAGCGGCAGUUUAUUUCAACAAUUCGGAUACUCUCUUCAUCUUUGGACUUCAUUUCCCGAUUCCUUCAUUAUGGAUUUAUAUGAUUUUGAAUAGCAUAUUUCAAUGGAUUUGUAUCACGAAUGUACAUACGCUUAUUUCGCUAACUACAUCGCUGAAUGUAGCAAUGAUUAUAACGCUGAGGAAAUUCUUAUCGAUAGUUCUUUCAGUUAUUUUAUUCAACAAUCCUUUCACAUUUAUGCAUUGUGUAGGCUGUUUUCUUGUAUUACUCGAAGGGGAGAAAUGUGCUUAUUAUAAAACAGGUGAAGACGAGGAAAUGAUAGUUGAAGAUUGUGAAUCAUUUUCUGAUAUGCAAAAAACUCUUCUGAAACAGGAGACUGCCGCGUUAUCGUCAUGA